AUGGCUAUGGUCAACACUUUCAUCCCAGGGCUCAGCCCUGAGAAUCCGCAUUAUAUUCCAGGGUACACUGGACACUGCCCGCUACUUCGGUUCAGCAUGGGCCAGACCUAUGGGCAGGUGACCGGUCAGCUACUCCGAGGCCCUCCUGGUCUAGCCUGGCCUCCUGCUCACCGCACACUUCUGCCUCCCAUCCAGUCUCCAAGGUCUCCUGUGAUCUCCAGGAGGAGGCCACCUCCCAGGCACGGGCAUGAAAGGCUCAGCUCCAGUCUGAUCCCUGGGUAUACAGGUUUUAUACCACAGGCGAAGUUCAUGUUUGCUAAGAACUGCAACCAGGUUUGGGCCGAAGCUAUGAGUGAGUUUACACUAAGGUGCGGGGAGCAGGAGAGCCUCGAACUGCCCGAGGAAGCCAAGGGAGAGGAAGAGGUGGAGAAAGACCAAGGGCCGGAGGCAGGGGAGCCACUGCUGGAGCAGAAGCUGGUACCCGUUUCCCCCUACUCCAUGGAUGAUACAGACCCCCGGAAGUUCUUCAUGUCAGGUGAGAGGAAGCGGGUCGAGACCGAAGGCGCGGGUCGACCCCAGGAUGUCCUGACUCGGCAUCUCCUCCCCCAGGCUUCACUGGCUACGUGCCCCGUGCCCGCUUCCUCUUUGGCUCCAGUUUCCCUGUGCUCACCAACCAGGCGCUGCAGGAAUUUGGGCAGACGUGCUCACGGGGCGGGGCGCAGAAGGACCCCAAAGCUCUUUCCCCACUCCCCAGACCCAACUUUCAGAAUCUGGGUCUAGUCCCUCACUAUGGAGGCUACGUGCCAGGUGAGAAGAGGCUGUGAGAGGCUUCGGGAAGGCGGGGUGCAGUGCGCAGGCGGGGUGCUCAGGGAACCGGAAUAAACCGAUAGAGGUCCGAUCCUGUGAUUUAGCUUUAGAGACGGGGAGUUGGGAGCAGAUUUUAAAGGGCAGAUUAGAGAGACUAUGCAACUGGCUAAGAGUUAAGUGGUUUUUUCACACCUCUGGCUAUACAUGACAGACUCUCUUGGCCACACAGGAUAUAAGUUCCGGUUUGGAGGCACAUUUGGGCAUCUUACCCAUGAUGCUGUGGGCCUCAGCAUUACUCAGAAACAGCUGCCGGCCUAAAUACCUGGAUUUCCAGUUCUUCCUUCUCAUCCUAACCCAGUGAACCUUUUGGAAUGAAGAGAGGUGGGUGGAGGAAGGGCACAAAGAAAAUGGUUUGGAGGCUGAGCACCUUUUUAUUAUUAGGUGUAAUAAAUAAAUAAUAAAUAAAUAAAUACAUAC